UAUGAGGACGGUGACAUGAAUCGGUAAGGACCAACAAAAGAAUUGGGUUGGUUUGGAGCAUACAACUAACACUUGUUUUGCAGCUGUCAACGCAUUGUUUGAUCUAUGACCACCUUAAUCCAUCGAUUGCGGGUACUUUACUUGAGCGUUAUCGUUAUGAGCGGCAUGAACAUGGAACAGACAUGACCAGGAGUCUUGGGUUUACUUUUUCUUAUUUUCUUUCUUUUAAUUCGUUUUACUGCGCUGCUAUUAUUUUUUUUUGGUAACUCCUUCUUGCAUGAGCGAUUGCAUUAUUUUGGUUGUCAAGUGUCAUAUUUAGUUCUGUUUUUGGUUUUUUUUCGGUUAUUUAUUGUUUUUAGUUCAUGGAUGACUGUACUAAAGAUACGACUUAGAGUUGGGGCGGCUGCACGUCUGAGCGAGCCGGACUCGCUCGGUGGUGGCAGCCGCGAAGAAAGCCUUGGAGUUUGUGGGUCGAGGGGGACAAUUUUCUGGAUGGAUAGACUCUUGUGCUUUUUUUUCCGCGCGAUCUUCCAGGCUUGUAUCAAAGAAUGAUCUCACUUGAAUUAUCUUCCUUGUCGCAUUGAAUUUGCAGUGCCAGCAAUAAUGCCGUCUGUAAAUGCGAUUGCCCAG